AUGGCUAUCUUCAAUGUUACAUGGAUAUUACUCAGUUUUACAUGUGGAAUACUAAUCCAAAUAUGCUUUGGUCGCAGCCAGGAAGAUUCUGGGAUGGUUUGUAAUCACUUAGCGGAUUUACCUCCCAUCAGAAAAGUGUUUUCCGUUACCGAAUGUACACAAUUUAAAUUAACAUGGAGUCCACCUGCAGUUCAAUCCCACUGUAUUCCCGAACUUCGCUAUCGGGUUCACUAUAAAAUUUAUUCUAGUAAUAGAAUUUUGGAUUGGAAAAUUGCAUGCAAUAAUACUUCAAUAGCUAACUGUGACAUUUUAAUCAGCGGCCGCUUGAUAGGCACAACAAUAGUUUAUAAAGUUGAAGCCUUUUUGAUUCAAAAUAUUGCCAUCACUUCAUCCACUUACUAUUACAGGAAUUGGCCAAACUUAAACUUUAAACCGGUACCCCCAGAAGAUUGCAAAACUGUAAUCAAUUAUGAAAAAGAGACUGUUCGUUUAACAUGCAAUCGCCAUAACCGAUGUUUCUAUGGGUCAGCAUAUGCAUAUAAUUUCUACUUGGCAAUUCAAAAUCAAACUGGAGUUGUGGAGAAAAUUACCGAUGCUGAACCAAAAUUGAAUGUUAGUCAAAGCACUGUUCAAGCUGACAUUCUAACGCAUUUUACUUCGAAGCCAACUACGACCGAGCCAAUCAACUAUUGCAAUAUAAACCAUGUUAAUGCUAACUGCUUACCAUUAAUUCGAUAUGGCGUUCGUUAUAAAAUUUAUUCGCCUAGCAAUAAUGUUGAUUGGCAAUAUUCUUGUAACCAAACGAGGGGGACAAGUUGUCAAAUUGAAAUUAAUGGGAGACUGAUAGGUGCUACCGUCGUCUUUAAAAUUUUAGCCGCUACCAGUGACAACAAAUUAACAACAUCCAGUGACUAUUACCGUAGUUGGCCAGCUUUAACAUUCAAACCUGUGCCUCCGAAAGAAUGUUUAGCUUCGGUUGAUUACAAAAAGCGAGCUAUUAUACUAACUUGUAAACAGCAUGAUCGUUGUUUCUAUGGUUCAAUGUACUCUUAUAAUUUUUAUAUCUAUAUGAAAAACUCAUCGAAAUUGAUUCACCAGUUUCAGGUAGGCUAUACAAGAAGCAGAGUUGUCAGCUUUGACCUGUUGGAUCUAGAUACUGCCUAUUAUUGGUUUGCCAACGCAGAAAGAUUUAAUGGGAAAACUAGUCCGAACAGUACUCCAUCAAAUUUUGAAAUAUUAUCACAACAUGUGCCUCAAUCGUUCAAAAAAUCACUGAAAGUAUCUCAGCUCAUGAAACACUCCGGAAAGACAAAUUCUUCUAAGCCAACAUCCUUAAUUAUUAAUUAUAGCAACACUAGUGAAAUCAACAAUCUAGAACGCCGCCCCAACCCACCCACUAUAUGUUUAAUUUAUCCGAAUUACUCAAGCAGAAAAAUUAAAUUAUUCUGUGAUCCAUUAAUUGAUCAAGAAGAUCACUGGAAAGAAAUAAUUCUAAUAAUCUGUCUUGCAGAACGGUUGGAAACACAAAUUAGUAAGGAUUAUGAACGCAAACAAUUCGAUCUUGCAGGAUUUAAUUUGUUCAAAUUUGAUUCGGAUCAUCUCUGGAAGGCUAAAAUUAAAAACUAUCAAGAUAGAUUUAGCGAUUAUUGUCCCACUAAGCAAUUUCAAAUAUUCUCCAGAAUAGCUAAACAAUUUACGAAUCUUGACAAGUUAACGCUUGUGAAUGAUAUAUGGCUCCAAUUGAAUACUACUGCUUCAGCUACAGCGAAUCCUGGUAUGAAAACUAAACUUAUUUUAUUAUUUUCUCUACUAUUUGAUAAUUGA